AUGGAUAGUAAGCGAAAGCAGCCGAAACAAUCGAGACUGGUACCUGAUAUCAAGUUUAAAGUGUUUAAAAAUUUAAUCAAGAAAGAGUGGGAACAAUACGAAGAUGAAGCAAUACCAAUAUUAACAACAACGAAACGAACAACGGCCUUCGUUACUACUACCAGUGAAUCUGCAGAACAACCGCCGCUGCCAAUGGAACCAUUACAUGUUGUUACCAAUCCAGAUUUACACGUUACAUUCAAUGAGACUUAUACAAUUACAUGCACAGUUUAUGUUUCUAGUAGUUCUAAUGUUAGCUUUCGCUGGAUACAAGUUGAACCGAAAAUAAGAUACGCACUGUUAAAUCAUGAUGGUCCGGGACUAAAAGAAACACUGUCAGCAGAAGUCAUUUUAUUCUCACGUAUAAAAAUUGAUGAUAAAUCGAAAUUAGGAAAUUAUACAUGUUAUGUAGAAGAUGAAGCUAAAAAUUGGGGAUCAGCGCGUAUGACGAUACACCUGCUCAAUUCAGACAAUGGGACAACAACUGCAGAAAAUAAAGCUCAAGAAGAGGUAGAAACAACCGCUGAAGCUGUUUGUAGUCCUCAAUGUGAAAACAAUGGACGAUGUGUUAGUGUAAAUGUUUGUCAGUGUGCAACUGGAUGGACUGGUAGUGAUUGUACAAUACGUGCCCACCUCCGAUUUCAAUGA